CUUCACGUACAGGUACAGUCGGGCUCGGGCCAAAGUGGGGAAGAGUGCGCGUGAGGUCGUGUGCUUAAUGCACGACGGUUUUUACAUCUGUCGAACGAAUUUUUAACAAACGAAUCUCUUAGCAUAGUAAACAUUUUGUACAUCUUUCGCAAAGAUGAUUACCGACGGUUAUAAUAACGUCGAUCAAUCCUAUGAUGGCUACAUGGAACAAGAAGAAGAAUGGGAAAGAGAAGGUCUUCUCGAUCCAGCUUGGGAAAAACAACAGAAAAAGACGUUCACGGCAUGGUGCAACAGUCAUUUGAGAAAAGCCGGUACAGGUAUAGAUAACAUCGAAGAAGAUUUCAGAAAUGGUUUGAAACUUAUGCUGCUGUUGGAAGUAAUAUCCGGGGAAACAUUACCGAAGCCCGACCGUGGCAAGAUGAGAUUCCACAAAAUCGCCAACGUCAACAAGGCAUUAGACUUCAUAGCCAGCAAAGGAGUCAAAUUGGUAUCAAUCGGUGCAGAAGAAAUUGUGGAUGGCAAUUUGAAGAUGACCCUCGGUAUGAUAUGGACGAUUAUCCUUCGUUUCGCCAUUCAGGACAUCUCCGUUGAAGAGAUGACAGCUAAAGAAGGUCUCCUGUUAUGGUGUCAACGUAAGACUGCUCCCUACAAGAACGUAAACGUACAAAACUUCCAUUUGUCAUUCAAGGACGGUUUGGCAUUCUGCGCCCUUAUACAUCGUCACAGACCCGAUCUCAUCGAUUACAAUAAACUGUCCAAAGAUAAUCCUUUAGAAAACCUCAAUACUGCCUUUGAUGUUGCCGAGAAGUAUCUCGACAUUCCAAGGAUGUUGGAUCCUGAUGAUUUGAUCAACACUCCUAAACCCGACGAGCGUGCUAUCAUGACAUACGUGUCAUGUUAUUACCACGCUUUCCAAGGGGCUCAACAGGCCGAAACUGCCGCCAACAGAAUCUGCAAAGUAUUGAAAGUAAACCAAGAGAAUGAACGUUUAAUGGAGGAAUACGAACGUUUGGCAAGUGAUCUUCUAGAAUGGAUCCGUAGAACAAUGCCAUGGUUGAAUUCACGCCAAACCGACAAUUCCCUUGCUGGAGUCCAAAAGAAAUUGGAAGAGUACCGCACUUACCGUCGCAAACACAAACCUCCACGCGUAGAACAAAAAGCCAAACUAGAAACGAAUUUCAACACUCUUCAAACAAAAUUAAGGCUGUCAAACAGACCAGCAUAUAUGCCAACUGAAGGUAAAAUGGUAUCGGAUAUCGCUAAUGCCUGGAAAGGUUUAGAACACGCAGAAAAAUCUUUCGAGGAAUGGUUGUUAUCCGAGAUGAUGCGUCUGGAACGUUUGGAACAUUUGGCUCAGAAAUUCAAACAUAAGGCAGACGCGCACGAAGACUGGACCAGAGGCAAAGAGGAGAUGCUCCAAAGUCAGGACUUCAGACAAUGCCGUUUGAACGAAUUGAAAGCUCUGAAGAAGAAACACGAAGCUUUCGAAUCUGAUUUAGCUGCGCACCAAGAUCGCGUCGAACAGAUCGCUGCUAUAGCGCAGGAACUGAAUACUUUGGAGUACCACGACAGCGUUAGUGUAAAUGCAAGAUGUCAACGUAUUUGCGAUCAAUGGGACCGACUCGGCGCCUUAACUCAACGUCGUCGUCAAGCAUUAGACGAAGCCGAAAGAAUUUUGGAGAAAAUCGAUAUUCUUCAUUUGGAAUUUGCCAAACGCGCAGCUCCAUUCAAUAAUUGGUUGGACGGUACUAGAGAAGAUCUAGUAGACAUAUUCAUUGUACACACUGUCGAAGAAAUUCAAGGUCUGAUCGACGCCCAUCACCACUUCAAGGCAACUUUAGGAGAGGCCGAUAAAGAGUACCAAAGCAUCGUAGGACUUGUUAGAGAAGUAGAAUCUAUCGUUAAGCAACAUCAAGUACCUGGAGGGUUGGAAAAUCCUUAUACAACAUUGACAGCUCACGAUUUAACUAGAAAAUGGGGAGAAGUUAGGCAAUUGGUACCUCAGAGAGAUGCCACUUUACAAGCCGAACUGAGAAAACAACAGAAUAACGAAAUGCUGAGACGUCAAUUCGCCGAAAAAGCGAACGCCGUAGGACCAUGGAUCGAACGUCAAUUGGACGCCGUCACGGCCAUCGGUAUGGGAUUACAUGGUACAUUAGAAGAUCAACUGCAUAGACUCAAAGAAUACGAACAAGGCGUUUACGCUUACAAACCCCAUAUCGAGGAAUUGGAAAAGAUCCAUCAAGCCGUACAAGAAAGCAUGAUCUUCGAAAAUAGAUAUACUCAAUACACUAUGGAAACUCUCCGCGUUGGAUGGGAACAACUCUUAACCUCAAUUAACCGUAACAUAAACGAAGUUGAAAAUCAAAUUCUCACUCGUGACUCGAAGGGUAUUACCCAAGAACAGCUAAACGAAUUCAGAUCGUCAUUCAAUCAUUUUGACAAGAACAGAACUGGUCGUUUGACACCAGAAGAAUUCAAAUCGUGUCUAGUCUCCUUGGGUUAUUCCAUAGGAAAAGAUAGACAAGGAGACAUUGAUUUCCAGCGAAUUUUAGCCGUGGUUGAUCCUAACAACACCGGUUAUGUACACUUUGACGCAUUCUUAGAUUUCAUGACCAGGGAGAGUACAGAUACGGACACAGCUGAACAAGUGAUCGAUAGUUUCCGUAUUUUAGCUGGAGAUAAGCCUUACAUUUUGCCGGAUGAAUUAAGGAGAGAAUUACCACCAGACCAAGCUGAGUACUGUAUUCAACGUAUGCCACCAUACAAGGGACCUAAUGCCGUACCUGGAUCAUUAGAUUACAUGUCCUUCUCAACGGCCCUUUAUGGAGAAUCAGAUCUUUAAACUUUUGUAAUUGAAAAUAUAUAUAUAUCCCAUCGUACUCGCGGUGAUAUUAUCGGAGCCAUAAUAGGGUUGACGUAUUCGAAAUCCCUUUAAUUUAAAAAGAAAAAAUUUCAUAUAUUUAUUUUUCUUAAAAAAAAAUAUGGAUUUGUACGCUGAAAAUUACACAUAUCAGUCUUGCUGCUUUCCGUAACGCUUAUUUUCGCUCAACUGAAUGUAGCAUUUACACAAUUCAGUAACGUUACGGCGAUGUCAAUUUUUUCAGUGCCCGGCUAAACGACUCUUGAUUUGAUCAAGUUGAAAUCGAUCCAUCGAAUUGUUUUGGCUUUUUUGUACUUUUUAUUUUCUUUGAAAACCAUAAAAACGAAGCUAGUUCUAUCCUUGGUUAUUUAAUUUUAUUAUGUACUUUUUGCAAGUGCCCAAAUAUUUAUUUAUUUACUAUUAAGCUUGAAGUGUACAGAUUUUAUUUUAUAGAUAAAUGCUCUUUAUUAUAGUAGGUUUUAAGCUCAAUAAAUUAUCACUUUUAGUUCAAAUUUGAUACGUAAUGAAGAGCUUUUAUUUGUUAUAUAUUAUAUUUUUUUUUGGUUGGAGUUUAUGUAGUGUAAAAAUAAAGUAUUUUGCCCAAAGUAUACUAACUUUAUAUAAGUAUCAGAUGAAAAAUAAAAUAUAUUUGAUUCGAUAUU